ACCGUUAUGCCGUAUGGGCCACGGACUGAAGGGUCACCGGGCCCUUCUAUUCUGUCACAUCCGGAUCCGACGCCGCGUAAGGGAGGCUCCGCGGGGAAACUGAGUCAGAUCCUCAGACAGAAGGAGGAGGAAGGAGACAGGCGGCUCAGUCCGCCCGGAGCGCGUUCUACUGAGAGCCCACCUCGGGCCGGGGGAUCGGACACGUCGCAGGGACUGAAGGAUCGCCCAAUCAGGGCCCGGGACCUGUACACCACCCAAUCAGGCCCGAGCGAGAGCCCGGUGGGUGUGGCUCUCCGCCGGGGCGGCUGGCGCAGUCGGAUCCUGCGCUGCCACGGUCGUGGGGGUGCGCGGCAUAGGAGGUCACCCCGAGGGCGCGGAGCGGGGACCCCGAGAUGGCCUCUGUGGUCUUUGAGGAUGUGGCUGUGAACUUCACCCCGGAAGAGUGGGCUUUGCUGAAUCGUGGUCAGAGGAAGCUCUACAGAGAUGUGAUGCUGGAGACCUGCAGGAACCUGUCUGCUGUGGAGAAGCAGAAAUUUCACAGCAGUGGAAAUUUGACCCGAAUGCAGGAAGGGCUUUUGAGAAGUCCUUUGGUGGAGAGUGUCUGUGAACGUAUUGAAGGAGAUCCAUGUGGAGAAACCCUGAACCCGAUUACAAGUCUUACUGUGCAUGAGGGCUGUCCCACUGGAGGCAAAUCCUGUGAAUGCGCUAAGUGUAGGGAAGCCCUCACAGAUGGUUUUUUUCUAGGGACUCUGGGAAGAUCUCACCCAGGACUCACAUCUAGUCCCUGUGAGGAAUGUGGGCCGGCCUGUAGCUCUGUCUCAAGCCUCAGCACUCAGGUGGGUGCAGACUUUGUAGAGAAACCCUAUGAAGGUCAGGACACCGGGAGAGCAUCAGAGACAUACACAAAGAGUCUGAGUAGUAAAAAAUCUCUAGAGUGCAAGAAAUGUGGAAAAGCUUUCACUUGCAUUUCUUCUUUUCAGGGUCAUGUGCAAAAUGACUGUGUACAGAGAGCCCAUGCAUGUGACGUGUGUGGGAAAGCCUUUAUGUGUCACUCUGAUCUUACACAUCACGUGAGAACUCAUACUGGGGAGAGAACCUAUCAAUGUCAGGAGUGUGGGAAAGCCUUCCAGUGUAAGUCAGGCCUGCAGAAACAUGUGAGGACUCACACUCCAGAGAAACUCUAUAAAUAUCAGCCCUGUAGGAAAUCCUUCCCUGGCCAGCAGUCCUUUCUAGUACCUAGGAGAAGACACACAGGGGACAGACACUUGGAAUGUAAGGAGUGUGGGAAAACUUUCAAGAAGCAUCUACAGUUUGAACGUCACAUGACCACACACAAUGUAAUGAAACCCUAUGAAUGUCGGGAGUGUGGCAAAACCUUCAAGCAUCACCCAGACCUGCGAGUACAUAUGAGGACACACACUGGGGAAAGACCCUAUGAAUGUAAGGAAUGUGGGAAAUCUUUCCGAAAGUAUGAACAUGUUAAACGUCACAUGACCACUCACAGUACUGUGAAACCCUAUGAAUGUAAGCAAUGUGGCAGAGCCUUCCGGGACCACACAGACCUGCGAGUGCAUAUGAGGACACACACUGGGGAAAGACCAUAUGAAUGUCAACAAUGUGGGAAAGCCUUCAGAUAUCUUGGGAAUCUGCGAGAGCACGUGACAAUACACACGGGGGAGAGACCCUAUGAAUGUCAGGAGUGUGGGAAAGCCUUCAGGUAUAACUCAUGCCUGCGAGAACAUGUGAGGAAACACACGGGGGAGAGACCCUAUAAAUGUCAGCACUGUGGGAAAGCCUUCAUUCGACACCACACCCUCGUACUACAUACUGCGAGAAGACACUCAGUGGGCGGACACUUGGAAUGUAAGGAGUGUGGGGAAACUUUCAGGAAGCAUCAACCUUUUGAACAUCACAUGACCACACACAAUGUAGUGAAACCCUAUGAAUGUCAGGAGUGUGGGAAAGCCUUCCGGUAUCACAGAGACCUACGAAUACAUGCGUGGACACACACUGGGGAAAAACCCUGUAAAUGUCAGCACUGUGGGAAAGCCUUCACAUCUCCCUCAAACCUGGGAGCACACAUGAGGACACAUGCUGAGGAGAGACCUUUUGAGUGUAUAGAGUGUGGGAAAGCUUUCCGUCAGCUGCAAAAUUUUGAAAGUCAUUUGAGAACACACAGCACCAUUAAAUCCUAUGAAUGUAAGAAGUGUGGGAAGGUGUACAAGUUCUCCUCCUCUCUUCGAGCGCAUAUGAAGAAACACCCUGGGGAGAGACCUUGACAGAUCACCGCUUCCUUCAAGAACACGUGAGGCUGCACAGUGGACACUAAGCCUCUGUAUGUAAGGACUCUGGUAAGACCUUCCAGUGUCUCGUAGACCUGGGCAGAAGAACCUUAUGAAUGAUCGCUCUGUGGGAAAGCCUUCAGUUGUCCCUCUUCCCUUCGAGAACACACGUGCAAGCACAGUAAUGUGAAACAUUACACACUUAAGCACCAUGGAAAAGCCUGUCCGGGAAUCUGUGAGCAAAGCCACACUGUAGGAAAGCAUUUAUUUUUCCUUCAAAUAUUUUUUUAUGUUUAUUUUUGAGACAGAGACAGAGCGUGAGCAGGGGAGGGGGCUGAGAGAGAGGGAAACAGAAUCUGAGGUAGGCUCCAGGCUCUGAGCUGUCAGCAUAGAGCCAGAUGUGGGGCUUGAAUUCAUGAACCGUGAGAUCGUGAUUGAGCCAAAGUCAGAUGCUCAAAUGACUGAGCCACCCAGGCAUCCCUCCUUUCAAAUCUUCUUGAAAAUGCGAGUCAGUACAACGGAGAUGAUCCUGAAUGCACACAAUUUUGGGAAAACUUCAGGUAUAGAACUUCAUGUAUUUUGUUCAUGAAAAUUCAGGCAGGAGAGAAAUCUUUUCAUUGUUGGGAAUAUGGCUUUGACUUUCCAGGUGCCUCUUCCUUGACUGGGAUCCCAAGUGUAUGAAUUCCUAGUUCAUCUCACUGAUAUGAACACUGAUGGUUUUAAGUGGCCUUCUUUGUCCUCUAUAUCUGUACAACCUAGAUGUUACCUCAGACUUGAAGUAAUCACAUGGUUUUGUACAACAUGUCUCUUUCCCAUUAUAAUGUCUUUUGGACCUAGAGGUGAUAAAAAUGUGUCUAUUGUUGGUGUGUACUUAACACCUUUAUAUACUUUUACAAAAAAAGUCUUGAAUUAUAUGCAUUCCGAAAUGUUCUUCAUAAGUUUUCAUGAUGUUAGACCCCUCAUUGUUGAAAGUUCUUUUCUGUCCUCUGUUACGGAUACUGGAAUUUCCUGAUUCUGUGUCUACUCGUCUUUUCAGUCUUUGUUAUUAAAAGUUAUAUUUUCACAUCAA